AUGCCCUUAUCUGCUUCGAAAGAACCGGUGUCAUCCAAACAUGGUGAAGAGGUGGCAACUGGAUCAAUAAUAGCUGAAACUUCUACUGUACAGGACGAAAGCCAUUCUGUUUCGCCUCCAAAACCAAUUCCCAACUGGGUGGAAGAGGUUGAUCUUCCAACCGAGGAUCAAAACGAUACCAUAAACGAUCUUAGAGAUAAGUGUGCGAUUCUUCUAGAAUCCUUCUCUAAAAACCAAUCAAGAGACCGCUUUACAUGGCAAGAUAUCGCACAACGCCUCGUUUUGGAGGGGAAGGGAACGACCGCUGAAGUGGGUGCCACCAGGGAAGACUUCCAACGUCUGCUUGGAGAAUUCAAAAAUCCAGGAGAGAGCGACGUCUAUCUUCGGGUUUUAAAGGCCCUGGAGAAGCAUAGACGCUGA